UCCAACAGUGAUACAUCUGAGAAUUUUCUGUUUUAAUAAUCAAGAAUAUUUGAGCUCCCAGAUGAAUUCCUCAUCUUUGAACUUCAACAUGUCCAGGACCCUGACUUACAGAGAUUCUCCAGGCACUGCUGUGGCAAAGAAUGUGCUCAUUAUGGCUCUGGGCAUUUCCAUCAACUAUAUCAAUGGAACACUGAUUCACACCUUCAGAAAACACCAAAUAUUUUACAUGAAUCCUCGUUACAUCCUUUUCAUCCAUCUGGUGGUAAAUGAUAUGAUCCAGUUGACUGCAUCAAUCAGCCUAUUUGUCAUUAGUUACGUCUUCUACAAAAUCAACGCCUCCUUCUGUUGCUUUAUCGUAACCUUUGCUGUUUUCACCACUGUCAAUACUCCUUUAAAUUUAGCCCUGAUGGCGGUGGAGUGCUACAUUGCUGUUUGUUUCCCGUUGCGACAUGCUGAACUCUGCACCAUAAAACGAACAUAUUUUCUCAUAGGUUGUAUUUGGGUUUUGAGUGCAGCAUCGAUUUUACCAGACAUAUUUAUUAUCCUUGCAACAGAGCCUCUAUGGUUAUUUCACGCCACAAUAUUUUGCCAAAGAGACAACCUGUUCCGACGGCCAAUAAAUAUACAAAAAAGGGAUGUUUCUCAUAUAAUUUUUUUAACUGGAGUUUGGUUCACCCUUUUCUUUACCUACUUCAGGAUAUUUUUUGUUGCUCAAGCUGCUAACUCAGCUAAAGGAAAAGCAAAAAGUGCCAGAAAUACCAUCCUGCUUCAUGGAGUUCAGCUGCUUUUGUGUAUGCUAACAUAUGUAGCUCCUUUGGCACAAAAGAUUUUUUUGUUCCUGGCUCCUGCAUAUUCUGUCCAGAUCCUUUUUGUUUUGUACAUAUUGAUCCAGAUUCUGCCCAGGUUGGUCAGUCCUAUUGUGUAUGGGCUACGAGACUGCACAUUCAAACAGUACUUGGGGAAGUAUUUUCUGUGUACUGUUAGAGCAGCCAAUAAACUGCAUCCAUCAGCGAAGCUUUCAGUAUCCUGAAUUGGAUCAUUUUAAAGCAUUUGGUUUCCUGUCCUGUACUUAGAUAAAGCAAUCAUACAAAUGAUUUUGAAAUCAUUCAAAUAUGGGAAAAAAAUAGAUCCGUGUAAUUUCACAAUUAAACAUUUUGUGAAUCAUACCAUAAAUCGAAGUAUUUUCAAAUCUAAAAACUAUAUUGCUAAAUAUAUCUUAACUGUCUUUUUUUUACGGCCUUGAGGCAGGACCUAUGAGAAAUAUUAUUCUCAUCCAAAUUGUGCAAAUUUUGCUCCUAGCAUCUGUUGCUUGCUCUUUUUCCAACAGUAAGAACGCUGUCAUGGGGAGGAAAGGAACACUAUGCUGAACCUGAGCAGCCUUUUACCUUCCUGAUGUCAUUAGGUGAUAGAACACAUUGCUGGAUGAUGCUUUUCAAAUUAAAGUAAUACAAAUGUAGAUUACAGGUGGAGCUCUCCGUUAUAAAACCCAAAACAUAUCAAGGUGUGUUGUGUCUGCACAGAUAAUGAAACCAUGUAUUAUCUGUUAUUCUCCUUGAGGUGAAACAGAGCAUAUACACUGUAAAAACUAGAAAUCUAGAAAUUAGUAAAAAUGUCUUAAAUUAAGUUUAUUUAACCUUAUUUUGAGUAAGUAAAUGAGACAGUUUG